AAUAAUAAUUAGUUUAAUUUGCAUCAACUAUAUAGAUAAAUUUAUUUAAAAAUAAAGAAUACUUAAGUAUAUUUUUAACGAAAUAAAAAUUAAUUUAUUAUCAGCAAAUUUCCAUUUAAUUUAAAAUCAAAUUCAGGGCAGGACAACUUGGGAGUUGGGUCAAGAAUUUUACAGGUUUAUUUGUAACUGUAAGGUGUAAGCUUUUAUAUGGGACACCUCAUCACGAAAACUCAAACUUUCUAAGGUCUAAAGCAGGGUUGAAGAGGAAAGAGCAAAAUAUGGAGAAGCGGCCAUGGAAUAAUGUAAAGAUGAUGAUUAUGAUAGCAAUCUGGGUAACACUGAAUCUUUUUGCAACCACCAAAGCAAUCGAAUCUCCACAAUUUACUGUAAUCCACACUGAAUCAGAGUUUGAAAUUAGGGUUUACAGAGAUUCUACUUGGAUGUCUACUCCCGUUGACCAUCUUUCCUUUCAUCAAGCUACCAAAUUGGGUUUCCAUCGGUUGUUUCAAUACAUCCAAGGUGCCAAUCUGAACUUCUCUAGAAUCCCGAUGACUAAACCAGUGUUGACUAGUAUCGUCCCUGGAGCUGGACCACUUCAUUCAUCAGCAUAUUUUGUGCGCUUCUACUUGCCUUUAAAGUUCCAAGCCAUCCCACCACUUCCACUUCCCGAGCUUCAGCUAAAGCCAGUCUCAUGGCCAACUCACUGUGUUGCGGUGAGGAAGUUUUCAGGAUUUGCUGGUGAUAACAAUGUUGUAACGGAGGCUGAGAAACUGGCUACCAGUUUAAGUAGAUCACCAUGGGCCAACUCAAUCUCAGCUAAGAGCAAAUCUGCCUACUCCGUGGCUCAAUACAAUUCUCCUUUCCGAAUCUUCAGUCGUGAGAAUGAAAUAUGGGUCGACGUGGAUGGGUCUGAAUCGAAUAACUGUAUGUCCAGUGGAUUUGCUACGUACUGAAUAACCAGCAAUAUUCUCUUCUAAAUGGUGUAUUUGUUAUGUUGUCUGGAUUUUCGAUGUAUAUACCAGUCCAAAUAAAUUUGUAUAUGAAGAAGGCUGAAGCCAUGUUCUACAUCUUUAUCAAAUGUUCUGUUAUUAAAAUCCUUACUGCUUUGUUGCGAGCCAUUAGAGGAGAAAUUUGACUUUCCUAUGAAGUA